AUGGUGGAUAUUAUGCCCAGGAUUAUUUCUGAAGAACAAGCGGCUUUUGUGAGGGGUAGGUCAAUCUCAGAUCAUCUUCUUCUUGCUCAGGAAGUUUUCAACAAAUUGAGAUUUUCCAAAUCUUGUAAUGGAUUCUUGGAAAUCAAAGUAGACAUGGAGCAAGCAUAUUAUAGUAUGUGUUGGUCUACUUUGGAGAGAAUGUUAAUAGAAUUGGGGUUCCCUUCCAGGUUUGUUCAUUUGGUGAUGGAAUGUAUAAUAGAUCCAAUAUUUUCUAUUGUGAUUAAUGGGUCUAAUUUUUGUUGGAUUGAAGGGAAGAGUGGUUUUCUUCAAGGGUGUCCUUUGUCACCUUUUCUUUUUAUACUUUGCUCCCAACUACUUUCCAACGCCUUCCGUAGUAGGGGUACUGAGGUGGGUAUUAAGAUUUCUGAUAAUGCCCAGAGGAUUUCUCACUUGUUAUUUGCAGAUGAUAUUUUGCUAUUUUUGGAAGCUAAAGUGAAUGUCAUGAAGAAAGUUAGAAAGAUUAUAAAGGAUUGUUGUAGGUGGACUGGUCAAAAUAUUAAUUACCAUAAAUCUUCUUUGGUUUGUGGUAAUUCGGUGGACAGGAGGAGGAAGGUGCAGAUUUCUAGAUUUAUAGGUAUUAAGUUAAUUGAUGAGUUUAAGUAUCUGGGCAUCAAUUUGGCAAUGAGACGCUUAAGGAAGGCAGAUUUUCAAGGUUUGUUGGACAAAUGCUGUAAGAAAAUUAAAUUUUGGGGGAAUAGAUUUGUCUCUUUUGCAGGAAGACUAGUUUUGGUUAAAUCAGUUUAUCUUUCUCUUCCGAUUUUUAUUAUGACUCAUUCUCUUAUUCCGAUGAAAACAUUAAUGGAGUUGGAGAAGAUUUGUAGAUAUUUUAUAUGGAAUAAAUAUGAUGGUAAGAGGGAACUUCAUUACAUGGCAUGGGAGCAAGUUUGUAAGCCAAAGGAGUAUGGAGGUUGGGAUGUUCACUCAGCUGUGGCUAGGAGGGAUGCUAUGAGAGCCAAAUUUUCUUGGAAGUUGAUUGAUAAACCUGAAUCUUUGUUAAGCAGACAUCUUAAUGAUAAGUAUGGAGCUAAUUGGUGGAAUUAUCGGCUGUAUGGGAGGAGUUCCUGUACUUGGAAGAUUUUGUUUUCGGAGAGGAAUGCACACACAGGGAGCAUGUUAGAUGGAGAGUUGCUGAUGGGGCUGCUGGAACCGGGUGAAACUCAUCAGUUCUUUGGGGUUGAUCUCAUGGAUCUGAUCUACAAUUAUAAGAACAUGGAUGGUGUUGUUCCAUUCAGUAGGGUUUAUAAACUGAAGUUGAAUGCUAGACUAGAGGUGUUUUUAUGGCGACUGUUCUCGGAUGCUCUGCCUUCAGGUGCUUUCCUCUUCAGAAGGAAGCUUGCUGAUAAUUCUUUUUUCCCAAUGGGUUGUGAAGUAUUGGAAGACAUCAAUCACAUUUCAUCCAGCUGCUGUAAACUUCGGAAGGUGCUGGAUGUGCUGAGAGGUUGGGGAUUUCAAAUACCCGUUUUUAGUGGAUGGUUUGAUUGCUUGGAGGGUCUACAGCGGCUUAAAAAUGCCAGGAUUGAUCAAUCGGGAAAUUAUGAGUCUGGUGUUGGCGGCAUUGUAAGGGAUUGUAAAGGAAGGUUCCUACUUGCAUUUGGGAGGAAGAAAACGCAUUGGGACAUUGCCCAAUUGGAAAUGUCUGCUAUUUCCGCUCUUACAGAAGUUUUGCAUGGCAUAUUUGAUGGGGUUGAAGGCAUCAUAGUAGAAGGUGACAAUAAAAAUGUUAUUGAUAUUCUUCAUAAAGUGCACAUUAUACCGAAGAAUAUGGAUAGAUGA